AUGACUACUUUCUCUAAACCAGUUCCCGAAGUCACCACUGUUCUCGCCUUCGAUCAUUCUAAUCCAAUCACUACGGUUCUUCUUGCAUUUCCUGAUGCUUCUAUUCGCGCCAUCCUUCAGACUCUUUUGGGUACCGACUUCGAAACUUUCGUUCCUGACAAUGCCAUCCUCGAGGUUAACGUAGCCGGACAAACUUUAUUCCAAGUUACUCGUGAAUAUGCUGAUAAGCGUUGGAAGACAUUUCGAUACCUUGGACAAAUCAUCGUCUCCGCGGCGUGUGGCUAUGCCGCCUACAUCAAUAACGAGGUUCCAUGGAAGUAUCCAAAGAACAUUCGGACCCUCGAAGAGAUCGUUGAAGUAGGAAAUGACAUUAAACGCACCUACUUUCCUAACCUUAAGUUUGCGGACCCUGGUUAUAAUCCUCUUUACGGAAUGUACGCUAGAACUCGCGAUGGAGUUCAAGAGAUUUUCGCACUUUUGAGCACCAUUUUACUUCAUUGGGCUCGAUGGGUACGUGAUCAGGUCACUACUAGCAUAUGCCGAGGAGACGCCUGCCGAGCCAACUGGGGAAGUUUCUUGGGUUGGUCUAAGCAGGAGACCUUCCGUCGCUUCGCUCCAUACGAUCCUCGCGAACCGGAUUUCCGUGCUAACUCUUCUACCGCUUACAUUGACGAGCACGACGAGAACUUAAAUAUCUUGGACAAGUUCUCUUUGAACAAUGUUUUGAAAGUCGAGUAA